AUGAAAUUCUUCGCAGCCAUCGUUCUUGUCGCCGCCGCCGUGGCUUCAGCCACCCCCGUGGACCGCCCCAGCGCGUCCGCUAUCAUCGGACACCUCGUCGAUGCCAUCGCUGCCCUGAAACCCGAACCUGUAGACGUGGGACCCGCCAUAGUGGACGCUGGCUUGUCCCCCAUCGCUAUCGGACCCGCCAUCAUCGAAAACCCCGAGCCCAUUGCAAUUGGACCUGCCUGGGUUGAGAGCCCCGAGCCCGUUGCUAUCGGCCCCGCCUGGGUUGAAUCCUCUCCCGUUGCUGUCAUCCCCGGCCCCGUAUCCACUGAGAUUGCUUCUGGUUCUCCUCUAGUGCAGAUCAUCCUCAACAUCAACCAUGUUUCUGCCGCACCUGAGCCUGUCGCUGUCGGUCCCGCCAUCGUUCCUGAACCUGUUCACGUUGAGGAAGUCGCCCCCGAGCCCGUCCAGGUCGUUGAGGUCGCCCCUCCCGUUAAUCCCAUCGCUGUGAACCCCAUCGGUGUCGUUGCUCCCGAGCAGGUUGAGCCUGUUGUCAUCGGCGUGCCCGUCCUCCCUGUGCCCGAAGUACAUCACUAA